ACCGCCGCCGUCACAACCGAGUUCGGGUGUAGAAUUUGGAAUCCCUGCGUCUCCUUAACAAUGAAGCAGAGUUCAAACGUGCCGGCUUUCCUCAGCAAGCUGUGGACGCUUGUAGAGGAAACCCACACCAACGAGUUCAUCACCUGGAGCCAGAAUGGCCAAAGUUUUCUGGUCUUAGAUGAACAAAGAUUUGCAAAAGAAAUUCUUCCCAAGUACUUCAAGCACAAUAACAUGGCAAGCUUUGUGAGGCAACUGAAUAUGUAUGGUUUCCGUAAAGUAGUACAUAUCGACUCUGGAAUUGUAAAGCAGGAAAGAGAUGGUCCUGUUGAAUUUCAGCAUCCUUACUUCAAACAAGGCCAAGAUGAUUUGCUGGAGAACAUUAAAAGGAAGGUUUCAUCUUCAAAACCAGAAGAAAAUAAAAUUCGUCAGGAAGAUUUAACAAAAAUUAUGAGUAGUGCUCAGAAGGUUCAAAUAAAACAAGAAACUAUUGAGUCCAGGCUUUCUGAAUUAAAAAGUGAGAAUGAGUCUCUUUGGAAGGAAGUUUCAGAAUUAAGAGCCAAGCAUGCACAACAGCAACAAGUUAUUCGAAAGAUUGUCCAGUUUAUUGUUACAUUGGUUCAGAACAACCAACUAGUGAGUUUAAAACGGAAGAGGCCUCUACUUCUAAAUACUAAUGGAGCCCAAAAGAAGAACCUGUUUCAGCACAUAGUUAAAGAACCAGCUGAUAAUCACCAUCAUAAAGUUCCACACAGUAGGACUGAAGGUUUAAAGCCGAGGGAGCGGAUCUCAGAUGACAUUAUUAUUUAUGACGUUACUGAUGAUAAUGCAGAUGAAGAAAGUAUCCCCGUUAUUCCAGAAAGUAAUGAGGAUGUUAUAUCUGAUCCCUCGAACCAGUACCCUGAUAUUGUCAUUGUUGAAGAUGACAAUGAAGAUGAGUAUGCACCUGUUAUUCAGAGUGGAGAUCAGAGUGAACCAGCCAGAGAAUCCCUGAGUUCAGUCAGUGAUGGCAACAGCCCUCUGAUGUCUAGUGCCAUCCAGCUAAAUGGCUCAUCCAGUCUGACCACAGAAGACCCUGUGACCAUGAUGGAUUCCAUUUUGAAUGAUAACAUUAAUCUUUUGGGAAAGGUUGAGCUGUUGGAUUACCUUGACAGUAUUGACUGCAGUUUAGAGGACUUCCAAGCCAUGCUGUCAGGAAGACAGUUUAGCAUAGACCCAGAUCUCCUUGUUGAUUCUGAGAAUAAAGGAUUAGAAACUACCAAGAACAAUGUUGUUCAGCCAGUUACAGAAGAGGGAAGAAAAUCUAAAUCCAAACCAGAUAAGCAGCUUAUCCAGUACACUGCCUUUCCUCUUCUUGCAUUCCUUGAUGGGAACCCUGCUUCCACUGUUGAACAGGGGAGUACAACAGCAUCAUCAGAAGUUAUGUCUUCUGUAGAUAAACCCAUAGAAGUUGAUGAGCUUCUGGAUAGCAGCCUGGACCCAGAACCAACCCAAAGUAAGCUUGUUCGCCUGGAGCCAUUGACUGAAGCUGAAGCUAGUGAAGCUACAUUGUUUUAUUUAUGUGAACUUGCUCCUGCACCUCUGGAUAGUGAUAUGCCACUUUUAGAUAGCUAAAUCCCCAAGAAGUGGACUCGACAUGUAUAUAUUCAUCAAAAUGAUGAACUAUUUAUUUUAAAGUAUCAUUUGGUACUUUUUUUUUGUAAAUUGCUUUGUUUUGUUUAAUCAGAUACUGUGGAAUAAAAACACCUUUUGCUUUUCUCACAACCACACUUGCAAAGCUUUCAAAAUGUUACUCAGCUACAUAGGUACACAAGAUUUAAUGCACAUUAUUGGCAUAUCUUUAAGUUGAAUUCAAAUGGCCAUUUUUCUCCAAUUGCAGUAAAUUGGAUUUCUUUUUUAUAAAUAUGACCAUUAACCCCAGUUAAACCUUUUCUGUUUGUUUAACUUGUUUGAUGCUGUCUGUUUUCAUUGAGUGUAAUUCACUAGUACUAAUUGUAGAAGUCCUAAAGCUUUCUCUGCUCCAGUUACUUUUAUUAAAUAUUUUUCACUUAGCUUAUUUUUAAAACUGGGAACAUAAAGUGCCUGUAUCUUGUAAAACUUCAUUUGUCUCUCUUUGUUCGGAGAAUUUCCUUUAUGUUCAGAAAAGUUCAUUCAUGUUCAGUAGGAACGGCAAAGUGUACAUGAGUGCUUAAUGUUUGAUAUGGUUCCAGCCCCAUGUACAUAGAAAGAAGGGAGCAGAUGGGAUGGUGUCAACUCCAUCCACUUAGUUGGACUAGUUUUAAGUAAAAGUUUUCUGGUUUGUUUGUGUUUUUUUGAACCAUACUAUUUAGUAAAAUAAAAAUAAUGAAU